UUUGGGUGGAUCUUUGAAAAUAUUUCAUUUACUUGAAAAACAAGUUACACAUUUCAGCAACCGCUUCCAAGAGUAACCUUUGUCCAUCGAGGAGGGCAGAAGUGCUGCAACCUGACAGAGAGUCUGAUAAACUAUAAUCAUGAGUACUGCAGGGAAAAUCAUCAAGUGCAAAGCAGCUGUAGUCUGGGAACCUAAAAAGCCAUUUAGCAUUGUGGAAAUUGAAGUGGCUCCACCAAAAGCACACGAAGUUCGUAUUAAGAUCUUGGCUUCUGGAAUCUGUCGUUCAGAUGACCAUAUACUGAGUGGUGCAAUAACAGUGAAGUUCCCCAUUAUUCUUGGACAUGAAGCAGCUGGUGUCGUGGAGAGUGUUGGGGAAGGAGUUACUAGUGUGAAGCCAGGAGACAAAGUCAUUCCACUCUUUCUCCCACAGUGUGGGAAAUGCAGUCCUUGCAUUCAUCCCAAAGGCAAUCUGUGCAAGAUGCAUGACCUUGGAAUAGCUGCUGGAGUAAUGUCUGAUGGUACAAGCAGGUUCACUUAUAAAGGGAAUCCAGUUCACAAUUUUGCAAGCACCAGCACCUUCACUGAAUACACCGUAGUGCACGAGUCUUCAGUGGCCAAAAUUGAUGCUGCAGCUCCUCCUGAGAAAGUGUGUCUGAUUGGCUGUGGAUUUUCCACUGGCUAUGGUGCUGCCAUAAAUUCUGCAAAGGUGGAGCCUGGCUCUACCUGUGCCAUUUUUGGACUGGGAGGAGUUGGCCUUUCAGCAGUGAUGGGUUGUAAAGCAGCUGGAGCCUCCCGAAUUAUCGGGGUUGACAUCAACAAGGAUAAAUUUCCCAAAGCUAAAGAACUGGGAGCCACCGAGUGUGUCAACCCUCUGGAUUUCAAGAAGCCCAUCAAUGAAGUGCUGUUUGACAUGACUGAUGGAGAAGGUGUUGACUAUUCACUUGAAGUGAUUGGGCGCACUGACACUAUGACUGCCGCAAUGACUUCGUGCAACAUGAACUAUGGCACAAGUGUGAUUGUAGGAGUGCCUCCUACAGCAUCUGAGAUUACUUUCUCCCCUUCACUUAUCUUCACUGGCCGCACUUGGAAAGGAUCUAUAUUUGGAGGCUGGAAAAGUAAAGAUUCAGUCCCUAGACUGGUUUCAGAUUUCAUGCAGAAAAAGUUUACUUUGGAUCCACUCAUUACUCACACCAUGCCCUUGGACAAAAUCAAUGAAGGCUUUGAACUUCUCCACACAGGGAAAAGUAUUCGCUGUGUUCUGGUGUUUUGAAGACCCCAGCCAUGAACAAAGUACAAAACAGUGACCUUUGCCAGCGGAGUUCCACCAGAUCAACAGACUACAUACUUCAUAAGAGGACAUCUGUGGAAAGGAUUGCAUUCUGCUAUGUUGCCAGUAGCAGUACUAUUUUAUCAGCGAACAGACUGAUACCAUGAUAAUUACAUCCUUCUUGGUGUGUAAAGAAAAGGAAAAAAUUAAAUACAAAAGAGACUUGUCCUGUGCUUCCUACUUUCAGUAGCACAAAGAUUGUGAUCAGUAAAGCAACAAUAAAAAAAUAAAGUGGACCCUUGAUAUUUACUGGGGUUUGGUUCCAGGAACCCCCAUUAAUACCAAAAUCCAAUGAUAUUCAAAUCUCACUAAAUACAAUGGCAUAGUAUAAUAGAGUCUCUUAUAUGAAGUGGCAAAAUCAAGCUUUACUUUUUGGAAUAUAUAUAUAUAUAUAUAUUCAAGGCAUGAAUGGCUGAAUCUGUGGAUAAGGAAUCCAUGGAUAGAGAGGGCCAUCUUUUACCUGUAACAUGUAAAGAAGGGUUAGGAUGAAAUUCUACUGGCGUACUAACUGAUUCAUGAAUAAACAUGCCAAAAAAUUACUGAACACUUAUGAAUAAUGAUUUUUAAAAGAACACUAUAAUUUUCAAAUAUAACUUUGUAUAUUUGAUAUGGAUGUUGGCCAUGAUUAAGAAUAAGUAUGUUUCUCAGUGCCCUUCCACCACAUAUAUCUACUUUUCUCUUUGUAACUUUGAAUAUUUGAAUUAAAUGUUUAAGCAGGAAGAAAUAAUUGGUAUGAACCUACAAUGUAAUAAACAAGAUUAAAAACAA